ACUCAAAACUUUUUCACACAACAACCUCAAUUUUCUCCACUAUGUCUUUUAGUUUCUACAACAACAACCUUUUCAACACCACCAAUAACCUUACCACAACCUUUGAUAUUGCUAAACUUGUUGGAACUUCUCCUCAACUCAAAACUCACGAUGAAGAUAAUUUUGAACUUGAUGAAGCAAUUUAUAACACUUCUUAUUCUGAUUUUCCACCUGGCUUUAGUCCUUCAGAGUUAUUGAAUUCACCUUCAUUUCUUUCUCCUUCAAAUAAUAUUCCUUCAUCUUAUACCAGCGAACCUUCUUGUGGCCAAAUCAUCAACCAACAACAUAACAAGGACUUAGAAGACAGAAACUUCUCUGAGCUAUCUUUUCAAACACAAAAACAAAACUUGCAUGAACCUUUUCAAUCUUCAACAACUAUGUAUCAAGUGGAAGAGCCAAUAAAGAAACAUGACACAUUGACAUUCAAUGAAUCCAAUGCUUCUAUGUCUAUUAAAGAACAAAAAAGAUCAGAAGAAGAUGGAUACAAGUGGAGAAAAUAUGGAGAAAAACAAGUGAAAGGAAGUGAAAAUCCAAGAAGUUAUUACAAGUGCACUAAUCCAAUUUGCUUGAUGAGGAAGAAAGUUGAAAGGUCCUUGGAGGGACAUGUUACUAAAAUAGUGUAUAAAGGAAGUCAUAACCAUCCUAAGCCUCAGUGUACAAAGAGAAAAACAAGUUCUCAAUCACUUCAUCAACCUUUUUCAUCAAGCAACAAUUCAUUGAUCUCUGAUCUUUCUUUCGGAGAGGAUGAAUUCGAGCAAACAUCACAAACUAGUUUUUCUGGAGGAGAUUACAAUGAGUUGGGAAUCGAGGCGAAAAGAUGGAAGGGAGAGAAUGAAAAUGAUAGCUAUUGUUAUUCGACAGAAGGGAAUGGACCUGUUAAGGAAGCUAGAGUUGUGGUUCAAACUACAAGUGAAAUUGAUAUUCUUGAUGAUGGAUAUAGAUGGAGAAAGUAUGGACAAAAAGUGGUUAAAGGAAAUCCAAACCCAAGGAGCUACUACAAAUGUGUAAUCCAAGGUUGUCCUGUGAGAAAACAUGUGGAGAGAGCAGCACAUGAUAUGAAAGAAGUAAUCACAACAUAUGAAGGGAAACAUAACCAUGAUGUACCUCUAGGAAGAGGAAGUUCAAGCUAUAACAUAAACAAAACAUCUCUUAACAACAACAACAACACCACAUGUAAUGUAACCCCUAUAAAGCCUUCACCAGUGACUAAUUAUUCCAUCUUAUCAAAUUUCACAAAUUCACUUUAUGAUGAUUCAAACCUACCAAAUUCUGGAACUCAACUACAACCUUUUCAGCUAGACAUGAUGCCGAAUUCUACAAGCCUUUUGGACAAAUCAACCGGUUCAAAUGCCGAUUAUGAGCGAUACUCGCCUAAGGAUAACUCGUUCCUUCAGUCUUUUGUGUCGAGGAAUUUAUAAUUUAAAAUUAAAAGAUUACUCGUCACUUAGAAUCCUUUGCAAUCAUUUAGUCGGUGUAAAUAAAUCUCAUCCGUUAGAUUUGAAUUGAUCUCAAUUUAACGGUUAAGAUUUUGCUACACCGAUUAAAUAAUUACAGGCGAUGAUAUGUUUUUGUAUAUUAUAUAGAAUAGGAAGUAACCAUAACUCUAUGAGCAUCUACUAAUUUAGUUCAAUCUAAGAAUAACAAAUUUACUAACAUGUGUUGGAUGACUAAUUCUAUAAAUUAUUUUGUUGUAUUUAUUUGUUUAGCAUGAAAUAAAAUAUUUCUUUUGCUG